CGUGGUGCGAUCCCAGAGGUUCGCUGGGUUUGGCCCUCCCUCGUCGGCUGUCCCGCUCCCCCUGAGCAGGCCGCGUCCCCGGUGUUGUAGGCAAGGAGGGGGCGACGUGACCCUUGCCCAGCCGUGUUGACCGGCGUCCUUCACCCGGCCGCGCUUUGCCGGUGGGCUGCGCAUCCCUGUGCGACCAUGGAAGAGGCCCCUCUGCUGGACGCCAUGGCCGGCCCCGACGAUGAGAUGGCCACCGACCUGUUCGGCUCCGAGUGCGCGUCGGAGGCCGAGGCCGCGGGCCCGAGCCCAGCAGCGGCGGUGCCUCCGGAUCCGGACGAGCUGCCGGUGCUCAGAGACGCCUACCUGGGCGUCCCCUCCGCGGGCGAGGAGCCUCUCGCGGCAGAGGAUACCGCGCCGCCCGCCUACAGCCUGCGUGUCCUGUCGUCGCUGCUGCCCGCGCCGCUGGGCGCCGGGGUGCGGGUGAUCCCAGUGGAAAUAAAGGAAGCAGGUGGUGCUGCAACAAGUCUGGAGGAAGCAGCUUUCCCAAACUCUCUUGCUCAGGAAUCCUGUUCCAAGUUUCUAUCAUCCCAAGAAUUAGAGGAUGCCACCAGCUCCUCUCCUAAGAAAGACUCCAACCCAAUGGUGAUAUGUCAGUUGAAAGGGGGCACACAAGUGCUGUGUAUAGACAAUUCUGGCACAGGAGAACUAAAAGCACUUCAUUUGGUUCCUCAGUAUCAAGACCAAAAUAAUUGUCUACAGUCAGAUGUCCCCAAACCACUGGCUACUUUAGUAGGAAGAUUUUUGCCAGUUCCUGCAAAAUUAAAUCUCAUUACACAACAACCUGACAGUGGUGCCCUCCCCUCAGCAGCCAGCAACGGGCCUGCUUUCCCUUUGGAACCAACUCUUCCAGGACCACCGAAACUAACUUUGGCUGGGUACUGUGACUGUUUCGCCAGCGGGGACUUUUGCAACAACUGCAAUUGUAAUAAUUGUUGCAACAAUUUACAUCAUGAAAUUGAACGGUUUAAUGCCAUUAAGGCGUGUCUUGACAGAAAUCCAGAAGCUUUUCAACCAAAAAUUGGGAAAGGCAGGUCGGGAGACGUUAAGGCUCGUCAUAACAGAGGCUGCAACUGCAAGCGGUCCGGCUGUCUGAAGAACUACUGUGAGUGCUACGAGGCCAAAAUUAUGUGCUCUUCUAUAUGCAAAUGCAUUGGUUGCAAAAACUACGAAGAAAGCCCAGAACGAAAAACACUGAUGAGCAUUCCGAAGUCUACAGAACCUGGAGAAUUUGAAGGCAGCCAUCACUGGUCACCAGCUAAAAUUUUGGGACUACCAAAAUUCAGAAAAGAUAGGCGGCCCUCUUCCUGCAUCUCCUGGGAGGUGGUGGAGGCCACAUGUGCCUGCCUGCUGGCCCAGGGCGAGGAGGCUGAGAAGGACCACUGCUCACAAUGCCUGGCUGAGCGGAUGAUCCUCGAGGAGUUUGGGCGAUGCUUGUCACAGAUUCUUCACACUGAGUUCAAGUUCAAGGGGCUGAAAUUUGAACCAAAUACAAUGUAGUUGAGUGUGAACACAGUGCUGUCCUUAGAGGAGCACAGGUGGCCAGACAGUUGGCUGCUCGGGACCCAGCUCUCCCCUGGGGGACCUAUGGGCUCACGCAGGUGCUCUGAGGGAGGUGGCCUUGUGUGAGGAGGACAGGAUGUGGGCAUUACAUCUGACAGGAGCACUUGGGGUCCAGGCCAGGAGGGACAGCUUGUUCCUCUCUGGAGUGUGGUCCCCCAGGCCAGCCUGUAUAAGGAAGUGGGAUGGUUCUUGAUUUUGGUUUUGUUUUUCAAAUUAAUUUGCCAGAGUGGCUUCUUUGAUGCAACUUAAACUCUCCACUGAAUACCCUAGAUUUCUGAGUGCAGACAGCCCCAAAAUCACAAGGACAUGGGAACAAGAUGGUGAGGUCCAGCUGGGAA